AUGACAAGCCAGACAUAUUGUGGUUGUCCUUGUCCACCAACGGUUUCAUUUGUUCAACGAGUAGGCUCGGCUUUAUUAUAUGCGGCUUGUUCAGGUUUAAUUACAAUUGUUAACAAAGUUGUUCUUACAACCUAUGGGUUCCCCUCAUUUCAACUGCUUGCCAUUGGACAGUUAACUGUUUCAAUAGUUAUAUUAUAUACAGCACGAUCAUUUAAUAUUAUUCGUUUUCCUCAUUUUUCGGAGAAUGUUAUUAAUAAGAUUAUGCCAUUACCACUGUUUUUCUUUGGUAAUUUACUCUUUGGUCUUGCUGGAACACAAGCAACGAGUUUACCAAUGUUUACUGUUCUACGUCGUUUUUCAAUUUGGUUAACAAUGAUUGGUGAACAACUUAUACUUCGACAAACCCAAAGUCCAAUUGCACAAUUUAGUGUUUAUAUCAUGUUAACUGGUGCUAUGAUUGCUGCAAGUGAUGAUUUAACAUUCACUUGGUUUGGAUAUAUUUUUCUCAGUAUAAAUAAUCUCUGUACAGCUGCACAAGGUGUUGUAAUUAAACAAAAAUUAGUCAAUAAAGAAUUUAAUCAAUAUGGUCUCCUGUUUUAUAAUUCACUUGUUGUUCUUGGACCAGCUAUUGUUCUAACAGCUUUUACUGAAGAUCUCAAUAAAGUUCGAAAUUAUGAUCGUUACUCAGAUAGUGGUUUUAUAUGUGCUGUUCUUCUCUCAUUAUUAAUGGGAUUUUUACUUAAUUAUUCAACAAUGUUAUGUACUAAUUAUAAUUCUCCAUUAACCACUACGGUGGUUGGUGCUUGUAAAAAUAUGUUUGUUACCUAUGUUGGUAUGAUUGUCGGUGGUGAUUAUAUUUAUUCACAUGUGAAUUUUAUUGGUCUUAAUAUCAGUGUUCUUGGCAGUCUUAUUUAUUCUUGGAUGACAUUUGUUCGUAAACCAUCAGCAAUAAUAUCAACACAUGGAAGUGGAUCAUCGAUUACAACGGUCGACAAUCGAAAAGGCAUGCAUAAUUCAGUUUAA